AUGGCAGACCACCUUCACCCAAAACCUACUACUCUACCCACAGAUCCACCACCCACACAUCCCAACCACGAGGAGGAAGAAGGAGAGGAACCUACUCUGACCGAAUCCCAUACCACGCAUCCCGCCGUCGACAAAGACUACCCACAAAACCGAAAACAGGUCACUUCAACCGACUUGGGUAACAACGCCUCUAGUGACGACGACGAUGGGCCCAAAUGGGACUCAUUCGAUGAAGAGGAACAGGCGCAGUGGCGCAAAGAGGCAGAGGAAUACCAUCAGUUGUCUGACGAGGAGAAGAAGAGGUUACACGACGAGCACGCCGAGAAGCUGCGUGUUGCGGCGGCUGGAUGGCCUGACCCUCGAACCAUCAAGUGGGGUCCGCCUUUCGACUAG